AAGAAGCAGAAAAGAAAGGGAGAGUGAAACAACAACAUCGCCUUUGAUAAAUCAAAUACACACUGGACCGCACGCUCGAUGCUUUGGUCACGGAUUUUUCAAUUUAUUGAAUCAGAUUUUGUUACGACUUCGAUCAGAGAAGAUCAAAUCUUAACAGAUCAACAUUAAGCAAAUUUCACCUUGACCAAACAAAAUACCCAAUAAAAAUACAAUGUUUUGCCGUGCAUUCGUGACGAUCGCACUGAUUUGUGCUAUUCCAUCGGCAUAUUCGUAUUCGGCCGGCGCCCCAAGUGCAGCGUGCGAGGAUAUGGUACCACAGCAUCACGUCGACCCACAAAGAUCGACGCCACCAUACAAAAUGCUCUUGUCAUCGAAAGGCGAUACGGUGCAUGUGAAGAUCCAAGGCAACAGUGCGGGCGACACGAUUAAGGGUUUCAUGAUUCAAGCUCGCAAAGAUGGCAAGCCAAUUGGCAAAUUUGAAGUUCCAACCGAAUUCAGAAAGCAUGCUCAACCGUUGACCUGCUCAGGACCAGCUGAUGCACUGACACACAAGAAGAUCUUCGCCAAUGGGCCAAAUAAAAUUGAAGCUGACUGGACACCACCACCAGGUUUCAAAGGAGAUGUUAAAUUCGUAGCAACGGUCGCACUAAACGGCGGAAUUUUCUGGGUUCAAGCUAUUAAUGAACCAAUGUCCAUCGCUUAAAAUAAGAUCUCUUUUUUAUGAUGUUCAAUGUUGUAUGCUAAGUUAGCACUGCUAACUAUGUCCCAUUUUAAAUUUACAUUGAUCAUUUAGUUAAUAAAUUAAAUGUUGUUUUGGUAUCAGACCAUUUAGUUGUUGAAAUACUGAUAAAAUCCGAUGCACAGACAAAGUACACAAAGUACACCAAUUCAAAUACAAUCUACUUGAAAUUUGACACGGAAAUAAAUACCAUUUUAAUGACACUCGAA